ACUAGCUGUUGUGGUCUACGAGUACCACCACUUUUGUAAUGUAUACACAGAAAAAAGUGCUAAAGAAUGUUAUGUCAUGAGUGUGAUUUGUGAAUUGCCAUCAACAACUCCUAACAGGGAAACAAAUCUCAACAACAACAACACUCAAUUGCGUGUAUGAUCAAGCAUAGUAUCUGACAGAUGGAAACAAAGAGAAUCAUCAACUUUGAUCUAAAAACGGAAAAUGAAUGAGAUUGUAAUCUGAGUGCAAUCUUGAUCAGAUGAAUUGUUCAGCUUAGUCUCUGCUUGUGAGGUGAGGGAUUAGUUUUUGGUCCCUUUCAGGUGUUUCAGUUAUGGCAGCAGAGGCGGCAACAUUGUCGUUUUCAGUGGCUUCAGUCAUGGAGGAUGUCCUUCAACAACAUGGUCAUCGCCUCAAGGAUCUUGAUUUGGAAUCUAGGAAAGCUCAAGAAGCUGCAUCCAGAAGAUAUGAGGCAGCAGGGUGGUUGAGAAGAAUGGUUGGCGUUGUCGGAGCUAAAGACUUACCAGCUGAGCCCUCUGAGGAGGAGUUUAGGCUUGGUUUGAGAAGUGGGAUUAUCCUAUGUAAUGUUAUUAAUAAGGUUCAAUCCGGGGCUGUACCUAAGGUUGUGGAGAGUCCUGUUGAUUCUGCAAUGAUCCUUGAUGGGGCACCAUUAUCCGCAUAUCAGUAUUUUGAAAACGUGAGGAAUUUCCUCGUGGCUGUCCAAGAAAUUGGACUUCCUACCUUUGAGGCAUCUGAUCUUGAACAAGGAGGAAAAUCAUCCAGGAUUGUGAACUGUGUCUUGGCACUUAAAUCCUAUAGUGAAUGGAAACAGAACGGGGCAAAUGGUGUGUGGAAAUUUGGUGGAGCUCUCAAGCCCACCAUCUCUGCAAAAACUUUAGUGAGAAAAAACUCAGAACCAUUUACUAAUUCCUUGGCAAGGACUUCAUCAAUCAAUGAGAAAUCUCUUGCUACUCUUAACUCUGACAUGGAGUCUAAUAAAAUGUCUGGUUCCCAUUCCUUGAGUAUGCUUGUUCGUUCAAUUUUAUUAGAUAAGAAGCCAGAAGAAGUUCCAAUGCUGGUUGAAUCUGUCUUGAAUAAGGUUGUAGAGGAAUUUGAGCAGCGUAUCGCUAGCCAAGGUGAACAGAUGAAAACAGCUUCAAGAGAUUCUACUUCUGAAAGCAACGGGUCUGUUUCAAAGUUUGUUAUGGAAGACAAAAAGGUAGAGAACAAAAUUCAUACGGUAACAAGAAAAGAGGAUUGUAUUCGUAAAAAUUGUGUGGCUGCUGGGGAAUUGCAGAGCCAACUUCUGAAGCAGCAAAUGCUCUUUGACCAACAGCAAAGAGAUAUUCAAGAGCUAAAGCAUAUUCUGCACACCACUAAAGGGGGUAUGCAGCUCAUGCAAGUGAAAUUUCAUGAGGAGUUUUCCAAUCUUGGUAUGCACAUCCAUGGCUUAGCUCAUGCUGCUUCUGGCUAUCACAAAGUUCUUGAAGAAAACCGCAAACUAUACAAUCAAGUCCAGGAUCUUAAGGGAAGUAUUCGGGUGUACUGUCGAGUAAGGCCUUUCUUUCCCGGACAAACAAGCCAUUUGAGCUCAGUAGAAAAUAUAGAAGAUGGAACUCUUACAGUUAAUAUCCCUUCAAAGAAUGGGAAGGGGCACAGGUCCUUCAAUUUCAACAAAGUAUUUGGACCAUCUGCAACCCAAGCUGAGGUCUUCUUGGAUAUGCAGCCACUUAUUAGAUCUGUUCUUGAUGGUUAUAAUGUUUGCAUAUUUGCAUAUGGCCAAACAGGAUCAGGAAAAACUCACACCAUGACUGGACCAAAGGAGAUCACAGAGAAAACCCAAGGAGUAAAUUACAGGGCUUUAAGCGAUUUAUUUCAUAUAGCAGAUCAAAGAAAGGACACUUUCCAAUAUGAUGUUUCUGUACAAAUGAUGGAGAUAUAUAAUGAGCAAGUGAGGGAUCUGCUGGUCACUGAUGGAACAAACAAAAGAUUAGAAAUUCAUAGUAGUUCUCACAAAGGACUCAGUGUGCCAAAUGCUAGCCUUGUCCCUGUGUCAUCGACUGUUGAUGUUAUUGAACUAAUGAACCUUGGGCAACGGAACCGUGCAGUUGGAGCAACAGCUCUUAACGACCGCAGUAGCCGAUCUCAUAGUUGCUUAACUGUUCAUAUUCAAGGAAGAGAUUUGACAUCUGGAGCUAUCCUUCGUGGAUGCAUGCAUUUGGUUGACUUAGCAGGAAGUGAGAGGGUAGAUAAAUCUGAAGCCACAGGAGACAGACUAAAAGAGGCACAGCAUAUUAACAAGUCACUUUCAGCUUUGGGGGAUGUCAUUGCUUCCCUUGCUCAGAAAAACUCACAUGUUCCUUAUAGAAAUAGUAAACUCACACAGUUGCUCCAAGAUUCACUUGGAGGAAAGGCAAAGACACUAAUGUUUGUUCACAUAAGUCCAGAGAGUGACGCUAUUGGAGAAACAUUAAGUACCUUAAAAUUUGCAGAAAGAGUUGCUACAGUUGAACUCGGUGCUGCCCGAGUAAACAAAGAUAGUACUGCAGAUGUUAAAGAGCUCAAAGAACAGAUUGCAAGCCUUAAGGCAGCAUUGGCAAGAAAGGAAGAAGGGGAAUCAGAAUAUUCUUUAUCCGGAAGCUCAGACAAAUACAGGACAAAGGCUAGCGAGCUAUCACCUUAUCAUGUAAACCAGCGAGCUGCAGAUAUUGGCGAUCAGCCUGGAUGCCGGCGACCAAUGGUUGAAGUUGGGAACAUAGAGCUUCAGAGUAAUACCAAGUUGAGGCACAAAACUCAGGGCUUUGAUUUUGAUGAGAUAUCAGCAAAUUCACCGCCCUGGCCCCCAGUGAAUGUUCAGAGCUAUGGGGAGGAUGACAGAGAAACAGGUUAUGGAGAUUGGGUGGAUAAGGUCAUGGUAAACAAGCAAGACAUGAACAAAACUGAGAACCUCUUGGGAUGUUGGCAAUCAACCAAUGGGAACUUGUCACAGGCAUUUUAUCAGCAAUAUCUCCAAGAUUCUUCCAAUGACAUGGAUGAACUUGAUGCUGCAACCAGUGAUUCCUCGGAACCUGACUUGCUUUGGCAAUUUAAUCACUCCAAACUUAACAGUGUGACUAAUGGGAUGGGAUCAAAGAUAAUAUCUGUCUCAAAGGCACCAAAAACCCCAGAACUGAACAAGAAUGUUGUUCAUUCUUCUCUUGGUGCUUCUGCUUCACCUUCGCUGAGACGAUCAAAUAGUGCCUCACAUCGAACAGGAAGGCAUCCAGCUUCAGUUGACGCGAAACGGAAAACUGGGAGUCGAAAGUAAACACGUGUAAUUAUAAACGUACAAAGAGUGAUUUUUUAUUAUUUUGUUUUUCAAAUUUUGUGAGAGGGAGAGGAGAGAACUUUUGCUAUAAUUUUCAUUUUUGUAUUGUUUGUAAUUUGUAAUUACAGAGAUAAUGGAGCAAUGAUGUCUGUUGCUUUGCUUGUAUCAUGAUUCUUUUACUUUACACGGCAGCUUAUGGAGGAUGUAAAAAACUUCAAACUUCUCUGCUCACUAUGGAUUUUUUGUUUGCAACUUC